CGCGUGAGGCACAUCAUAAAACCCACUGAUAUAAAUAGCGGCGUUGUGCUGCCCUUUACCUUUUACACAGGAGUUCCAUUAACUACCUAGCUCUUCUUCUCUGUAAGGGUUGAUAUCAUCAAGGAAAUCAAGGAAAUAAUCCGUGAAAAUGUCAGCUGGAGAUGAAGCUUCAAAUGUUCCGGCUGAGGCCUCUGGUCCCGCUCUUGGCGAACCAAUGGACAUUAUGACCGCUCUUCAACUCGUAUUGAAGAAGUCACUCGCUCAUGAUGGCAUUGCCCGUGGCCUCCACGAGGCUGCCAAAGUCAUUGAGAAGCAUGCUGCUCAGCUGUGUGUGCUUGCUGAGGAUUGCGACCAAGUUGACUAUGUGAAGCUGGUCAGAGCCAUUUGUGCUGAUAACAAUGUUAGCUUGAUCACUGUGCCAAGUGCUAAGACACUUGGAGAGUGGGUUGGGUUGUGCAAGAUUGACUCCGAAGGAAAAGCCAGGAAAGUGCUCGGUUGCUCCUGUGUUGUUAUAAAGGAUUAUGGUGAAGAAUCCGUGGGCCUUCACAUUGUGCAGGAGUAUGUGAAGUCCCACUAAGUUCCCAUGUGGAGAGGUUUUCAUUUGGGGGGUUCAGAGCAGGAGUAUGUGAAGUCCCACUAAGUUCCCAUGUUGAGAGGUUUUCAUUUGGAGGGUUCAGAGGCCUCUGUUUUACUCUGUUUCUCAAAGGAAUGCAUGGGUGAGGGUGAGGUAGUAGUAAGAGUUAUUUUUUUGGUUCAGUUUUGGGUAACCUUGUUUAGGAAACUUUAGAACACAAAAAUUUGUUAGCAAAAUGAAGUGGGCUGUGACCUUUCUAUUGAUUGUAAUCCCAAUUUGAAAGUGGGAUCCUUAAUGGAAUUAUGGAUUUUGGGGUUGAAUGAUGAUGCUUGUAAAGUAUACUUGCGGAAUUGAAAAUAGGUUGAUCCAAGAGCCAUAAA